AUGGUGGGGCAUUACCUCCUCCUCCGGCCCAAAAGCCCCCCCCCCCGUCUGCAGCGACCGGCCUCGCUGAAAGAGCGCUGGAAGGCGGGGCUCAUGGGGGGGUUGGGGCAGAACGAGACUCACCGCCCUGGAAUACCGAGGCAAGCCGGGACGUCACUUGGUACCUCCACUCGCCCACCGGCAACGGCCCAGCGGCCAGGUCGAUUGGCCAAUGACGGCAUGCUGAUAUGGAGACACCCCCGCGUUGGUCGUUCCUGCGGCAAAAGAGUACCGCUUAACCAAGGCAUUUCGCCAGAGCAGGCGCCAUGGGUAGUUAUUGACAAGACACAGCAGCUUGUCAGUCAAACGAAACACAAUCACACCAUGAUGCGCCGCAUCGCAACAAAAGCCCCCCGCCGGGUCCCUCUUCUCAAGCCUAGGACGACGCCGAUUUCUGCUCCCUCGCUUGCCGCGCGCUGUCUAUCGACGACCCCCAAGAUGGCCAAGACGCCGGCCAACCCUUUCUCCGAUGUUCCGGCCGAUGCCUUCCAGCUCCUGUCUGAGGCCAACAAGGUUGGCGAAGCCGAGGAUGCUUUGUACGAAUCCCAAAUCAAGGAGGUCGAGGCAUGGUGGCGAUCCCCUCGCUACGAGGGCAUCAAGCGCCCUUACAGCGCAGCUGAUGUUGUCUCCAAGCGCGGGACCCAGCAGCAGACCUACACCAGCUCUCUGAUGGCCCGUAAACUCUUCAACCUCAUCAAAGAGCGCGGAGCGGAGGGCAAGCCCCUGCACACCAUGGGCGCCAUCGACCCCGUCCAGAUGACCCAGCAGGCUCCUCACCAGGAGGUCCUCUACAUCUCAGGCUGGGCUUGCUCCUCCCUCUUGACCUCGACCAACGAGGUGUCGCCCGACUUUGGCGACUACCCCUACAACACGGUGCCGAACCAGGUCCAGCGCCUGGCCAAAGCCCAGUCGAUGCACGACCGCAAGCAGUGGGACGCCCGUCGCAAGCUGACGCCUGAGCAGCGUGCCAAGGCGCCCUACACCGACUACCUCCGACCCAUCAUCGCCGACGGUGACACGGGCCACGGCGGUCUGUCGGCCGUCCUCAAGCUGGCCAAGCUGUUCGCCGAGAACGGCGCGGCGGCUGUGCACUUUGAGGAUCAGCUCCACGGCGGCAAGAAGUGUGGCCACCUCGCAGGCAAGGUUCUCGUGCCGGUGGGCGAGCACAUCAACCGCCUCAAUGCAGCGCGGUUCCAGUGGGAUGUCAUGGGCACCGAGAAUCUCGUCAUUGCCCGCACAGACUCGGAGAGCGGCAAGCUCAUCAGCAGCGCCAUUGACGUGCGCGACCACGAGUUCAUCCUCGGCGUGGCCGACCCUUCGAUCGAGCCCCUCGCGGAGACGCUCCAGGCCAUGGAGGCCCGCGGCCGCCAUCGGCAGCGAGAUUGA